AUGAAGAAGAGAAAAGCCCUGUACAAUAGCAUGUUAGAAGUUGGCUUUGAGGCACAAGUUCUGCCCAGUCACCUGGAUGAGCCACCAUCCAUUGUGAAGGCCUUUGUCCAGCUGCAAGCCGUGAAAGACAGCUACAGGCUGUUGUUAAUAGGUAACAAUUUGGCUCUAACUCUGAAUCCUUUUAGUGAAAUUCUGCAGGAGAGCUCCUGUGACAGGGAUGUCAUCCUGAAUAUUCUCAGUGUCCUCACUGACCUGCUCUCUCUGGGGACCGGCCGGAGAAUUCACUAUGUGAUCAGCAAAGGGGGAAGUGAGGCACUGCUGCAGGCUCUUGCCACUGCUGCCCAGACCGAGCCGCCCGACCACAGCACCCUCCUGCCCCUGCUUCGGCUGCUGGCCAGGGUUGGCCAACGAGAUAGGAAGUUUGGACUGAAAGUGCAGAAAGCAGAAGCAACUGAUAUAAUACUGAGCUUGGCAAGAAGAAACCUGGGUCACCACCUGCACCUCACCCACUGCCUCUGGGUCCUGCGGGUUUGUGCUUCUAAUGUUACCACAGGAACUACACUUGGCAUCAAUGGAGCCAUGGAGCUGCUUUUCAAAGUCAUCACCCCCUACAGCAAGAAACACGUCAGGACAGUCAGGGCAGCCAUUGAGGCUCUGGCAGCUUUGCUGAAAUCAAAGUCUAACAGCCGACGAGCAGUGAACAGGGGCUACCUGGGUGGAUUGCUGAGACUCUAUCAAGACUGGCACCACAAUGAUGUCUCCAACAACUACAUUUAUAUCCGUAGGGGUCUCCUACUCUGCCUAAAGCGCAUCACCAACAUCCAGCUGGGUAGGGAGACUUUCCUUGGUUCCCUGGGUAUGGAGAUUCUCUUCACAAGUGUGCAGGACUGUUUAUCUUGCAAAAAUCUGGAUCCUGUCAUAACCACUGUGACUCAGAUUCUGAGAAAGUGCCACCCCAAGGAGCCUCUGCCUGUGGCGACAGUAAGAAGUUCCUAUUCCUUCCCUCUUCCUGGGAACUAUGCAGCUGAACCUCUGUGUGAGGGAUCAGAAGGUGACUAUGAAAGUGAUGGAGAGGAAGAGUCUGAAAAAGAUCUGGAUAAUGAGGAUGUGGAGAGUAAGGAGGAAGAUUAUGACUUGGAGACAGAUGUGAACAAAUUGAGGUCAAGGCCAGUGCUUGACGGGCCAGAGGAAGAGCUUGGACAAUAUGAAGCAAUGUGUGCAGAACUCUCCCAUAAUUUUCAGGAGCUUGAAUCAGAAUCUGAGGAAGAGAAGAGCUUGGAGGACAGAACUGAGCAUCUUCUCUCUACUCCCUCUCUUUUCAUUCCAAGUGCUACUUUUGUGAAACAUCCAAACUACAGAUGGAGAAAUCAAAGUGUCACAGAGGUGGGACCAGAUCCAGAGGAAAAGGAUUUCAAAGUCCCACUGCAGAGCUGGACAAAGAAGGAGAAAUGCAGAUGUGAUCUGAUUGAUGAAAAGAGAGAUAUUGCAGAAGUAGCCCAAGAGGCAGACUCCUGUGAAGAGGAAGAUCCAGCCAGGAGUCACCUACCUACUUUGCGUCCUCUCCCAAAAGAGGCUGCUUGGUACAAAAAAAUGUUUUAUCCUGAAUGUGAGGCUUCGAUCAAUCCUAGUCCUGGAGGGAGGCUGGAGAGCUCGGACAUAGUGACAAAUCUUCUGGAGAAACACCAGGGGGAUACCCCAUUCCAUAGCCCUUGCUUCUACAUAGCUAGGGCCAAAUGUGUUAAGUCCAUACCAGGCUACAAAGACUUGGCAUUCCCUGAUUUCUGGGGUCACCAGCCACCGCCUUACAGCAAGCCUAUGCUGGAGCGCAAGUGUGGGGUUCAAAGGGACAAAGUACUAGAUGACAUUCGCCGCUUAAUCCAGCCAGGUGAUGUGAUAGGCAGAACUGUUUUUGAUUUAGAUGAGCCCAGUCACUCAAGCCCAGGUGCUCCAGGUUGUCUGACAUUCUUCUCCAAGUUUGAAUCGGGAAACCUUCGCAAAGCCAUCCAAGUGCGUGAGUUUGAGUAUGACCUAAUUAUGAAUGCAGAUGUCAACAGCAACCAGCAUCACCAGUGGUUCUACUUUGAAGUCCGUGACAUGAAAUUAGCAGUUCCCUAUCGUUUCAACAUUAUCAACUGUGAGAAGUUUAAUAGCCAAUUUAAUUACGGCAUGCAGCUGGUCCUGUAUUCAGUGAAGGAAGCUCUGCAGGGCCGGCCUUGCUGGCUUCGGGCAGGCCAUGAUAUCUGCUACUACAAAAACCAUUACCGCUGCAGUGCAGGUGCAGGAGGAGGCAUGAGAGGAAAAUGCUACUACACGCUCACCUUCAGCAUCAAGUUCCCUCACAAAGAUGAUGUCUGCUAUCUAGCCUACCAUUACCCCUACACUUACUCCACAAUGAUGUCUCAUCUUGACAUCCUGGAACAAAACAGGAACCCCAAGAAGGUUUACUGGAGGCAGCAGACACUCUGCCAGACGUUAGGAGGAAAUCCGUGCCCAUUGCUCACGAUCACUGCCAUGCCAGACUCUAAAAAAGGAGAGGACUUGGAGCAAUUCUACAGUCGUCCUUAUGUGUUUUUAAUGGCCCGUGUUCACCCUGGUGAAAGCAAUGCCAGCUGGGUGAUGAAGGGGACCCUGGAGUUCCUUGUGAGCAGUGAUCCCAUUGCUGAUCUCCUGCGGAAAUGUUUCAUUUUCAAGAUUGUUCCCAUGCUUAAUCCUGAUGGAGUCAUCAAUGGAAACCACCGUUGUUCCUUGAGUGGAGAUGAUCUCAACAGACAGUGGUUGACACCAAGUUCCCAGCUCCAUCCAACUAUUUACCAUGCCAAAGGUCUUCUCUAUUACUUGCGCAGCAUUGGCCGAGCUCCUCUGGUAUUCUGUGACUACCAUGGACACUCACAGAAAAAGAACGUUUUUCUUUAUGGCUGCAGCAUCAAGGAGACCUUGUGGCAAGCAGGCUGUAUGGUUGACACAGCAGUUAUCACAGAAGAUGUUGGCUACAGGACUCUUCCUAAAAUCCUGGAUAAAGUUGCCCCUGCAUUUGUCAUGAACAGCUGCAGCUUCUUGGUGGAGAAAUCCCGGGAGUCAACUGCCCGGGUGGUGGUAUGGAAGGAAAUGGGUGUGUUGAGGAGCUACACCAUGGAGAGCACUUACUGCGGCUGCAGCCAUGGACUCUACAAA